AUGGAGCCUGGUGGAGCUGGGUCCACUGUUGGUCUUCCUGGUGCCUCACUUCAGCGGUCUCCCCAGCGGGAGCCCCUCUCACAGCAGCAGCUGCGCGAGUGGCUAGCUCAGCGCACUCGCCUCCGGCGCAGCGCUACUAGAGCUGGCGACGCUGGAGCUGGAGACACUGGAGCUGGAGGCGCUGGAGCUGGGGACACCGGCACUGGAGGCGCUGGAGCUGGAGACACUGACACUGGUGGAGCUCGCACUGGAGGCGCUGACGCUGGAGUUCUGGAGCUGGAGGUUCUGGAGUUGGAGACACUGGCGCUAGAGGAGCUGGAGCUGGUGGCGCUGGAGCUGGAGGCGCUGCCACUGGUAGCACUGGAGCUGGAGGUGCUGGAGCUGGAGGCACUGGAGCUGGAGGCGCUGGAGCUGGAGGCACUGGAGCUGCAGGUGCUGGAGUUGGUGGCGCUAGAGCUGGAGGUGCUGGCGCUUGUGUUCCUGCGCCUCUACGGUUGUUCUUUAUGUUAG